AGAGACAUGACUUGACAACACACAACUACUACUCAAGUACUCAACGUCUCGACAGUGCACACUGCACAUCUUUUAUCAAUGACUGUGAAUGAGUGAAAACUACUAAAUAUAUCUAUUUUGUCAUGAUAGUGUGCUUGUGCGGUGGUGAACACGCCUUGUGCACUGUUAACAGUUGUAUACUUUGACAAUUGACUGCGGUGUGGGUGUGCACUGUGCCGCUAUUCAUUUCAUUGUUUAAUAUUAUUGUUAUUAUUAUUUUAUAUUUACUGCAGUCGAGGGCUUCAGCCGAAGAAGACUUCGUGAGUGUUUUUUUUUUCAUGCAUAAACCGCACAGUGCCUGAACGCCAUUGCGACACUGGCGAGUGUCGUUCGCAGCACGCAUCGCAGCCGUCGUCGUUUGUCGCGCGUUUUAUUAAUACACCGGCAGAACUACUCGCCGGGGCAUUGUGCUAUAAUUAUCUCACGAUCCGCUGGCAGGUCUGCCCGUUUGACGAUAGAUAAUUCGCCGGGUAAACGCUGACAGUGCACCUCACAGAAUCCCUCACAAUUAUUGGAGAGAACCGGGAACAUGGACGCCGAAUCGUUUUUGGAGUUUGCCAGCCAAGUGACCAAAUGGAAGAUGUACCCGUACUUCGACGUCGCCCAUAGCGUGCUCUGUGCGCUCCAUGUCCGUGACGACCUCGGUCCAGGAGCACUGGCGUUUUCACGCAAGCACCCCAUUUCCUGUUGGUUAUCUACGAUGCUGGUCGUCUUUGCUGGGGGCAUGUUGAGCGCUGCUCUACUUGGCGAACCCCCUCUUGCACCGCUCAAAAACACUCAACAACUUUUGAUUGCUACAGCAGUAUGGUAUCUAGUUUUUUACACACCGUUUGAUAUUGGAUUCAGUAUUGCAAAGUUUCUUCCUGUGAAAUUAGUGUUUUCUGUUAUGAAAGAAAUAUACCGUUGCAAAAAAGUACAUGAUGGUGUAUUGCAUGCAGCUAAACUCUAUCCCAACGCCUACAUCAUAAUGGUUUUAAUCGGGACCCUUAAAGGAAAUGGUGCUUCGUUUACCAAAAUUAUUGAGAGACUUUUAAGAGGAGUAUGGACACCCACAUCUAUUGAGACAUUACAACCCAGUUUUACUACUAAAGCAUGCAUUAUAGCAUCCGUGGUGUUUGUACUUGAUAUUAAAAGUGAUUUGAUAUCAGCUCCACAUGCUUUUGUUUAUGUUUUCGUCAUCGGUUUCUUCAUAUACUUCAAGGUAUUUUCUUCAAUGAUUUUGGGUAUACAUGAGCCAAUGUUACCAUUUGAAAACUUGAUAUGCGCAAUAUUCUUUGGAGGUAUAUUUGAUUAUACUACAAAAGCAUUCAAAAAUACCAAAGACGAUAAAGUAGAUACAAAAAAGAAAGAUUAACCAUCAAUGGAAUUUGGUUAAUGUUCUAAAUUAUGAAAUUCACUAUGUGAUGAAUUAUUUUAUAUCUAGUCGAUGCAUUUUUCUUGCACAAAAACAAAACAUAAUGUUCCCCAAUUGACUAUUAAUUAUAAAAUCAGUUGUUUUUUUUAAAUGUA